AUGGCCAACCGCACGGCGGUGAGGGGAUUCCUCCUGCUGGGAUUCUCGGAGGUCCGGGAGGUGCGGCCGGCCCAGGCCGCGCCGUUCCUCCCGGUCUACCCGGCGGGGAACCUCCUCGUCGUCGCCGUCCUCGACCGGCGCCUCCGCGCCCCCGUGUACUUCUUCCUCGGGCACCUGGCCCUCGUCGACCUCUGCCUCGUCUCCGUCACCGUCCCCAAAUCCGUCCUCGACUCCCUGACCGACAAGAGAUCCAUCUCCUUCCCGGGCUGUGUCGCGCAAGUCUUCUUGGUGGUUUUCUGUGCCGGCACCGACGUGGCCCCGCUCACCGUGACGUCCCACGACCGCUACGCGGCCAUCCGCCUCCCCCUGCGCUACGGGGUCAUCGUGGACCGAGGGGCCUGCGGGAAGACGGCCGCGGCCUCCUGGCUCAGCCGCCACCUUCUCCCUGCCCUUCUGCGGCUGGUAAAGCUCUCCGGUGUGAACGUCAGAGAACUAGGUGCCGUCAUCUUCACGGCCUCCUCGGGCUUAGGGUGUUCGGCCACCAUCGUGGUCCCGUACGCGCGCAUCUUCGGGGCCGUGCCGAGGAUGCCGGCCGCCGAGGGCCCCGAAGAUGCGCGCGUACGCGACCACGAUGGUGGCCGAACAACCCCCUCCUCUACGGCCUGA